CGAGGUAACAACAGACACUUGUUCUCCAAAAAUGUCGGAUGUGGAACCCUUGGUUUUGGCCCAUGUGAUACGGGAUGUGUUGGAUGCAUUUACACCAACUGUCCCCCUCAGAAUAACCUACAACAAUAGGCUACUUCUAGCAGGUGCUGAGCUGAAACCAUCUGCAAUUGUGAAUAAGCCAAGAGUUGAUGUUGGGGGCACUGACCUCAGGGUGUUCUAUACACUGGUAUUGGUGGAUCCAGAUGCCCCAAGCCCAAGCAACCCAUCACUGAGGGAGUACUUACACUGGAUGGUGAUAGAUAUUCCUGGAACAACUGGAGCCAGCUUUGGUCAGGAGCUCAUGUUCUACGAAAGGCCAGAACCAAGAUCUGGUAUACACCGCAUGGUGUUUGUGCUGUUCCGACAACUUGGCAGGGGGACAGUUUUUGCACCAGACAUGCGACAUAACUUCAAUUGCAAGAGCUUCGCACGUCAAUACCACCUAGACAUUGUGGCCGCCACAUAUUUCAACUGCCAAAGGGAAUAUCUCUUUUCCCUUUUCUUCUCCCAGAUUCAGAGAGAAGCUUGGGUGGAUGCGGAUUCGGCUCCGGCAAGCUUGCACUAUGGAAUAUAG